CGGAAGCAUAUUCCCACAAAACAAAUUAUCCGACAAAAGGCGAAGCUGUGUUAUCUGACGUCAUGAAGGAUAUGCGCCAUGUCGACGUGGAUGAGAUACUGGAUGCCCUGGGAAGUCGCGGCAAAUAUCAAAUAUUGAUGUACUUCCUGACCACCUUAAAUACUGUUACCGAGGCUUUUUUUUCAUUAAAUAUAAUCUUCAUAGGUCAAGCCAAUCCACAUAAAUGUGCGCCGCCACCUGAUCUACCCGUCAACCGAAGUGAUGACGUAUUUGGCAAAUGUUCUAUUUUGAGUCAGAAUCAAACUACCGUUAGUUCCUGUAUCUAUGGCUACCAGUAUGAAUAUCCCACGGAUUUUUCCAUUGUCUCUGACUUUGAUCUCGUGUGUGAUCAAGCAGCUCUCGCCGAUUUAUCGCAGACAAUGCUAAAUGUUGGAAUGGCAAUCGGAGCGUCAACCCUGACACUAGCAUCUGAUAAAUAUGGUAGGAAACCUGUAUCUGUUUUAAGCCAUCUGGCAUGUCUUGCUAUAGGUAUUUGUGCUUCCUUUGCUCCCAACUAUACUGUGUUUAUGGUGAUGAGAUUUCUCAGUGGAAUAGUUCAACAGGGAUCUUUUUUAUGUGCAUUUACCUAUGCCAUUGAGUUAUUUCCUAAAGAAAAGAGAAAAUAUUGUGGAUUCUAUGGUUCGUUAAUGUGGGGUUUUGCUUGUAUGUUAAUAGCACCUAUUGCUUUUUUAACUCGUAUGUACAGCUGGAGAAUCGUCUACCGAACUUUAGCCAGCGUUUCUUUAUAUUCUCUUAUACAGUACUGGGUGACAGAUGAAUCCAUAAGGUGGUUGGUGGCUAACAACAGGUUAGAAGAAACAGUUACAGUGGUUAAGAAAGCCGCCAGAAUGAACGGUGUUAAUAUUAACGAAAUAUUGAAGUUGAUCUACCAGAAUGAGUUGUUACCUGUUGAUACUGAUAAACCAACCGAUAAACUACUAGCUGCAACAUUAGAUACUGGCGAAGAAGAGGAGAAACAGAUGGAAGUGUUAGAUGCUGGAUUGGAGACCCAAGCCGUUCAUAUAGAAAAAUACACGCUAUUAGAUAUAUUUAAAAAUAGACGUGCGGCAAUAACGUUGAUUUUAAUAUGGUUCGCUUGGUUUACAAACAGUCUGACAUAUUAUGGUAUUUUCCUCAUCUCUUCAAGCCUAGCUGGUAACGUCUAUCUGAAUUUCUUCCUAAAUGCCCUGGUUGAAGUUCCGUCUUCAUUUAUAUACUGGUUUACUAUUGACAGAUUUGGGAGAAAAAAAAUGGCAAUAUUCUUUCAUGGGGUUGCUGCAUUUGGUCUAAUAGUUGCUACAAUACUUAGAAUGUACGACGAUAACGAAGCUGUUUCAAUAUCGGCCACCAUAUUUUCGUUGAUUGGUAAACUGGGUAUUACCGGUUCUUUUAAUGUUGUAUUCGUCUACACACCGGAAAUCUUCCCCACCAAUGUGAGGAAUAUAACAAUUGGAACGGCUUCUACUGCUGCCAGAAUCGGUGGAAUGUUAGCACCCUUUUCUAAUUAUUUGGCUGCAAGUGUGCCAUGGGCACCCGGAGCUAUAUUUGGGUCAUCGUGUUUAAUUGUGUCAAUUACCAUUUUAUAUUUACCAGAAACGAUGGGCAAGGAAGUACCACAAACCAUGGAAGAUCUUAAUAAACUUAAUGAUAAAUAGGGGGAUGAUGGAUGGUGUUAAUAAACUUUAUGAUAAAUAGAGGGGUGAUGGGUGGUGUUAAUAAACUUUAGGGCUUAUGAUAGAUUGAUGAUGGGUGGCGGUAAUAAACUUUAUGAUAAGUAGGGGGAUGAUAGGUGGUGUUAAUAAUCAAUAUGAUAAAUAGAUUAAUGAUAAGUGGUCUUAAUAAAUGGUAUGAUAAAUAGAGGGGUGAUGGAUGAUCUUAAUAAACUUUAUGAUAAAUAGAUUAAUGAUAAGGUUAAUAAACUUUAUAUUCGUGGAUACACAUAAUGAUAAAUGGUGGGCCCAUGGACGGUUUUAAAACUAUAUUUUUAAACAGAACAACCAAUAAUGAUCUUAAUAAAAAUGUGUGAUAGAUAAGGGGGCCAAUAACGAUCUUAAUAAACUUCCUGAUAAACAUUUGGACUGUUAAUGAUCUUCUACAGAACUUAAUGAUAAAUAGUUGAACUAAAUGAUCUUUAACAACUUUCUGAAAAACAUUUGGACUAUUAAUGAUCUUAAACAAAUUUCUGAUAAAUAGUCUAUUUAUGAUCUUAAUGAUCUUUAUAAUAAAUAAACUAAAUUAGUGUUAUAAAAAAUAGGUGUAUCGGCAUAUUGGGAGAGGGGUUAAAAGCCAAGUAGAUAUCGCUGUAGAUAAGAAACAUCCUCCCUCAAGAUAAGAGAUGGUACUAUAUAGUUUUACCUGGCAAAGUAAAAUGCAGAUCAAUAUGCAAAACUGUCUUUUUUUCUUCAAUACUACGAUUGAUUAUUGUUAUUUAUUACAUUGUUGCCACAUCCAACUACACUAAUAAUCAAGCAUAUAUUCCUACCCGAAAUGGAUACAAACCAUCUCUUACAAAUCGGUGCAAUAUUAACUGGCCUUGCCGGGCAUUUUAAAUUUUAUGUUAUGAAGACAUAUUUACGUCAUGGCGUGUCAAAAUACGCCCCGUAAUUAGAAAUGUCCAUAUCAAUUAUAAUAAAACGCCGCUCGAUUAACUUUACUGACAAUAUUUGCAGAUAAACGAAAGUUGUUUCACUAGAAUGGGCUGGGUCUGUUUAAUAAGUCAUAAUAUUAUAAAAUUAACUUAUUUUUCGAAUGUUAUAUGCAUUAGGCCUAAUAGAGAAAUCAGGGCCGUAACUAGCUUUGCAUUAAUAAAAUUGAAUCACAAUGUCAUCGUAUUAAUUCAUAAUAAAAAUUGACGUCAAA